CUUCACUCUUUUGAUUAUUCUUCAUCAGUUCAUCAUCAUGACUUUCUAGGGUUUUUUUUUUUUUUUUCCUACUUUCUGAUUUACCGAUUUUUCCAGGAAAUCAAGCCCGAUUUCCUCCAUUUUUAAUCCUAGGGUUUCCUUUUCUUCCUUCUUUCUUUUCUCGAUUCUCAAUUUCAAACCAUGGAAUCCGUGAGAUCGCCCUUUUGGUGCUACAGAUGCAACCGGUUCAUCCGGAUCCGUGUCCAUUCUCAAGAUUCCGUCAUCUGUCCCGACUGCGGAAGCGGAUUCGUUGAAGAAAUUGAUACGCCUUCCCGAUCUCCUGUCUACCACCGAUUCCCUGCCGCGACUAUGUAUUCUGAUACCAGUCCGAGUCCUGGCCCUAGCCCGGGAUUAAGUCCGAGUCGGAGGUUCCGUCGUGCUAGAAGGAACGGUGGUGAUCGCUCCCCGUUUAAUCCGGUCAUCGUUCUCCGUGGGUCAAAUUCUGGUAACGAGGGGGUUGUUGCUGAAAGAGGGAAUAGCUUCGAGCUUUAUUAUGACGAUGGAUCUGGUUAUGGUCUUCGUCCUCUUCCAGCGAGCAUGUCGGAGUUCUUAAUGGGAUCGGGUUUUGAUCGGCUUCUUGACCAGCUAGCUCAGUUGGAGAUUAAUGGCGUUGGCCGAUUUGAGCAGCCACCGGCUUCAAAAGCCGCUAUUGAAUCAAUGCCAAUAAUCAAGAUCGAAUCGAGUCACGUCAUGACGGAGUCUCAUUGCGCAGUUUGCAAAGAACCUUUCGAGCUUGAUGUGGAGGCUCGUGAAAUGCCCUGUAAUCAUAUUUACCAUUCUGAUUGUAUUCUCCCGUGGCUCUCUAUUCGAAACUCUUGUCCUGUUUGCCGCCACGAAUUGCCAACGGAAACUGCCACAAAUUUAGGCGAAAAUGAUUCUGUUAGAGACGAGGAAGCUUUUGGGCUAACCAUAUGGCGUUUACCAGGAGGUGGGUUCGCUGUGGGGAGGUUUACUGGAGGGAGGAGAGCUGCGGAGAGGGACUUCCCUGUUGUGUUUACGGAAAUGGAUGGUGGGUUACACAACGCGGGUGUUCCCAGAAGGAUUUCAUGGGCUCCAAGUCGGAGGAGGUCCCUUGAGAGGCGAGGAUUGGGACGUAUGUUUCGUAGUGUUGUAUCAUUCUUUGGGCGGUUUAGGAGCUCGUCCUCUCGAUCAGGUGUUGAAUCUGGGUUGACAAGGAGUAGGAGAUCGACUUCAGUGUAUGGCAGGUCAUCGAGAAGGCAAAUUGAUGAUUGGGAUCUGGAUGACUGAAGGAUGGUCUUUUUUUUUUUCUUGGUCUAGAAGAGAUUGCAUCCUAGUGGUUUUGUUGAGUUGAAAUUUCUUUCCAUUUGAUUCUAUAAUUCUUCCAGUUUCCUUCCCAAAAAAAGAAGCAUUUGUAGAUUCGUAUGAUUCUUGCUGCUGUAAAUAAUGACACUUUGAAGAAGGAAUGAAGAAUUCAUCAAUUUUAGGUCAUGCCAAAGAGAGAAGUUUUGUAUCGGUACUGGGUAGUUGUUGUGGUCAUGGAUACCACUGAAGAAGAGGAUAAGAGGUUGAUGAAAGAAGAAAGCUUUCUGGUUAGAUUCGGCCUUUUAGAAAUCAUUGAGGUACUAAUCCUCACUUGUAAUUUUGCUUGAACGGAUAUUAGGACUUAACGUAUUCCAUCAAUGAGUUUUGCUUCGAUAAUUUAUGCCUUCCUUUUCCAAUAUUUCGCCAUCAUCUUUUGGGUAUGUUUAUUUGCAAUUGUGAUAAAUCAUUGAGCUUUACAAGUGCCUGCAUGAUAUAGGCUUUUGCCUUUUGGGAUCCAUUCACCAGAGUUCUGUUAAUCUUGUCCAUCCAGUUCUUAUUUGCACACACAAGUUUUGAGAACAUUACCAUUUGGAAUAGGCUAUUAAGUUGUUAAAUGCCAGAACGAAAGGGCCUGUAAUUGCAGAAGAUCUAUUCCUGAUAAUUAAUUUAAUAGUUUGCAGUUUGUUCUUUUCUUAUACAAUGUAUUCACUUUUGUAUAUGUUGCUCCUUUUGUUAUAUUUGGUUGGAGUUGUAAUAACACGAAUCCCUUUAG